AAAAUGGAACCAGUGGGAGGCGGAGUCUUCGUCGCCUCGAGCCUUCUCAACCACUCGUGCAACCCGUCCGUUGCAGCCUUCAGCUACGGCAGGACGCAAGUGCUGCGAGCCGUCAGGCAUAUCCCCGCUGGUCGUCCACUUACGUACAACUACGGGAGUUUUUACUGCACGGAAGACGAAGACACGAGAAGAGCAGGUCUUCUCAAGCAGUACAGCUUUACCUGCUGCUGCGAGGCCUGUGAGAACGGCUGGUAUGCCUUAUUUCAUCUUUCCUCAGACCUUGUGCUCAGUUGCCCGAAAUGUUCCACAACGCCAUCAACGUCGUGUCGUUCCUGUGAAUGUACAACUGUCAAGAAACGAAUAGAACAGAUUGUGAACAGUUUUGAUGUGAUGUAUCUUCAAAUCUUACUCAAGGACGUAUCCUCUAAUGACGUGAACAUGUUGAUAGACGUGAUUAAGCUCAUGGAAAAGUGGGUACAAUUGCCAUGCAGAGAUUAUUUCGAUGCUCAGGAGUUACUGAAAUUCUAUUUCGACACAAGAGGCUCACAUGUAUAUGUAUAAUGGGAGGAUUUUUCACGAGAAAGCCUUGCAUUCAUUCCUACAAAUUUUAUUUUGAUACAUGCUUUUUUAUAUGAUUAAAAGAUCUGUCCCUGAC